CAGAACCCCGCCUUCAAGAGGGCACCUCACCUGCAGAUCAACAACGCACUUGUGGCACCAAGUGACCGUGAACUGCGGCAAGAUAGUCAUGAAGAUGGCCAUAUGAUCACUUCCUUAUACGCCAACGCUCCUGGUUUAGAGAUAUUUCCCAGGGAGGAGGAACAAUCGACUACAUUACUGAUGCUGCCUGCUUCUAAUCAGAUUAUUUGGGUGUCUGGCUCGGUACUCACAGCAUUGACUGCUGGAGCUGUUUCGACAAUAUACCACCAAGGCCGUAAUCACCGCUUGAACAAUCGUCAAUCGAUAAUAUACUUCCUGAACCCAGAACUAGACGAACCGCUGCACAGCUGGGUCAAGCCAAGGGGAAGCGAUCUGGAAGACAUUCGCGAACACGUCAGGAAUGCACCGUUAUUGACGUUUAGCUUACUGCCUGUCGAGUCCCUCUAGGCCAAAAAACAAAAGGAUCGAGGUCCGUCUUCCGGGGCCGUAUGACCACAGGAGCGCAACCUUGAUGACGCAUAUUACCUUUUCUCAGAUCGUAGAUUAUUAUACCAGUCAAGAUACCCCAAGGUAAUUGUUUGA